CUGCAGAGAGGAGCCCAAGUGUCGGUCCGAGAAAGAGUCAGAGAAAACAGAAGACUGCACUUGCUUUCCCCUGGCUGUCCUGCCUUCUCUGUAUAAGCUGCAAUCAUGGCCAGAAACCUGCUGAAGAAUCCCAGUGGGGAAGAGCAGCUGGAAUUCUGGGAGCUGACGGAGAAUGGCGGGAGCCAGUGGAAGGUGGAGGAAAUGCCAGGAGACUGUGGCCAUGACUUCUGCAAUGAUGGAGUGACCAAGUACUUUGCAACCUCAUUUGAGCUGUGUCUGAAGAGGCAGGUGAUCGACCUGUUAGCGGAGGGUUACUCCGGUGAACAGCUGGACACUCAGCCUGCCGUCACAGUGGAAGACUGGUACUGUGGGAGGACAGACUGUGGCUGCACUUACCAAAUGACCGUGUGUCUGCUGGAUGAGAAUCACGAGGUUAUAGAGGAGUUCAAACCUGAUCUGGUGACUCUUGACCCCGACUGUGACGACUGCUCAUGGAAACAGGUCAGCCACACGUUUUCUGGGUACGGUCCAGGAAUGCGUUUCAUCUCCUUUGAACACGGCGGACAAGACACCAAGUUCUGGGAUGGUUGGUUUGGAGUGCGGGUCACUGGGAGCUCUGUUACUGUUGAUGUCUGAUCGGGAGGAAAAAAAAAAGAGUGAGAGGAGAAGGGAACAAAGCAGAAAGAAAUACUGAGGAAGUAUGUAAAGGAGGAUGGUGGGGGGUUUGGGUUGGGACAGAGAACGAGUGUAAUAUAAGGGCACCAGACUGACAGAGUAGGGUUCAAGGUUUCAGGAGGACCAGCUUUACCUUAUGCAUCUACUGUAGCUCUACUGUAGCUUACACCUCCUUAGAGUGGCUUCAGAAAGUGUUCACACUCCUUCACUUGUUGCACACUUCAUUGUUUUGCAGGUUUCAUUUUAAAUGAACGAAAUUCCCAUUUUUGCCCAUCAGUCAACAAUCAAUAAUCAAUAACAGCAAAAUGAAAAUAUGUCUUUAAACUUUUUUUUUUAUUUAAUUCACCAAAAAUCAAAAACUGAAAUCUCUCAUUUACAAAAGUAUUCAGACCCUUUACUGUGACACUCCAAACUAGGGCCAGGUGCAUCCUGUUUACCUUAAUUAUCCUUGAGAUAUGUCUACAACUCGACCGGAGUCCACCUGUGGAAAACUGAAUUGACUGGACAACACCUGUAGAUAUAAGUCCCUACAAUUCACUCUGCAUGUAAGGACAAAAACCAAACCAUGAAGUCAAAGGAACUUUUGUGGUUAAGCUUUGAGUGUUUCCAAGAGCACAGUGACCUGGUGGCAGCAGCAUCAUGCUGUGUGGGGGGCUUCUCAGUGGCAGGGACAGGGAGACUUGUCAGAUACAAAGAGGUGCUUGACCCUGAGACUAAGACAACAGUUCACCCUACAGCAUGACAAGCAUCCAAAGCCAAGUUAGAGACUUGUCCUGAGUGGCUUCAGGACAAGUCUCUAACUGUCUCUGACUGAGUGGCCCAACCAAAACCCAGACUUAAACCCCAUACAACAUAUGUGCAGAGACCUGAAGAUGGCAGCUCACAGACACCCCCCAUCCAAUCAGAUAAAGCUUGAGAGGGUCUGUCAGGAAGACUGGGAUAAACUGUCCAAAUCCAAGAACUCAAAGCUGUAAAUGCUGCUUCAACAAAGUACUGAAUCAAAGGUCUGAAUACUUUUGAAUGGGAGAUUUCAGUUUUUAAUUUUUAAUAAAGACUGAUGGUGAAAAAUGGAUAUUUUGUCAAUUUAAAACUGAAUCUUAAACACAAAGUGUGCAGAAAGAAAACAUCCUGAAGCGGCUGUGCAGUAUAUCCUGCAUUUAGCUGUUAAUGCUGUGGAAACAUACAGCUGCUGCUGUGAAAACUGCAUUCAUUAAUCAUCUGUCUCAUGGUGGCUGCUUGGCUUUACUAACCUUAAAGUAACUGUUUGCAACACAGUCAUUAAUCACAAUCUGUUAACUACUACCUCUGCACACUGACUUAUGCUGGGACUAAACUAAAUGACUUGUUUUGUGGAUGGGGCGUCGUAACCAAAUCAAGUGGUUUAUCAUUGGAAUGGGAAUUAAAAUGAUGAAAUUGAUGUCUAUGGUACUGUCUGUUUUGUCACGCUGAACUUUCAUGUGAAGAUUUAAUGAAGUGAGUGUGUUAACCUUUGAUUUCCAGAUCAUUCGACUGUUACUGUUAGCACAGAUUACUGUGGUGUGUGGUUGUGGUUUGUGCAGAUGUUAGCUGGGGGAUACUUACAGUUUUUACCAAUUAUAUGGUUCUCCUGAUGGCAGUGGUGGGAAGUAAUUAAUCUCACCGAGCACUUUAUUAGGAACACCUGUACACCUGCUUAUACAUGCCAUUAUCCAAUCAGCCAAUCACAUGGAAGCAGUAAAAUGCACAACAUCAUAUAGACACAGGUCAGGAACUUCAGUUAAUGUUCACAUCAAACAUCAUACAUAAAAGAACCAAAUCUCAGCUUUACUUUGGAUGGGGAACUGCUCAGUCAGACUGAGAUCAGAUGACUGACUCAGCCAGUCGAGGAUGUUCCAGCUCUUCACCUUGAAAAGCUCUUUGCUUUCUUUGGCUUUAUGUUUAGGAUCAUUGUCCUGCUGAGUGAUGAAAUAAUCCAGUGAGCUUUGAUGCAUUUGGCUGAAUCUGAGCACAGAAUGCUCCUGUAGACCUCUGCAUUCACAGUGUCCCAGUCCCACUGGCAGCCAUACAUGUCCAAGCCAUAACAGAAGCACCACCAUGUUUGACAGAGGAGCUGGUGGCUUUGGAUCAUGAGCUCUUCCUUUCUUUCUCCACACUUUCCUCUUUCCAUCAUUUUGAUAGAGGCUGAUUUUUCUUUCAUCCGUCCACACAACUCUGUUCAGAGCUGCUUUCUCUCUGUGUCUGUGAACUGCAGCCUGGCCUUUCUGUUUCUGAGCUUUACCAGGGGUUUGCAUGUUGUGCUGAAUCCUCUGAGCUUAUGCUCAUCAAGUCUUCUCUUGAAUGUUGACAAGGAAACAUGUCUGCCAACAUCCUGGAGAGCAUUCCUCACUCACUGUCCACUCAGAAAGAGGUUUUCACCUUGCAUAUGAUUUUCCCAUCACCCACAAGACUUGUGCUCCUCAGUCUAACAAAUUAUUUGACAUUUUCUACUUUUCCUGUGUGCACCUGCUUUUUUUUUUUUUUUAGAAAGUCCCCAACUGUUGAUAUCGUUGAUAUCUGUGAUAAAUGUUUGCUUUUUUGAGUUCUGCUUUGAAAGUUACCAUCAGAGCAUCUCAGGUAUAAAGUGAGUAACAGUCACUGAGCAAAGAAGCCACUUAUCAGUCACUGGGAAAGCAGAAGAAAGGGACUGGAACAGAUUUCAUUUAGAAACAUGGCUGACCACACAGCCUACUGAAUAUUGAACAACCAAGCUUCAGCAACUCACUUAGUUUUAAUGCUAAAUAUAUUUGGAUUUUCACAUCCUGUUUGUUCCACACAGAGGCUGUGUUCAUGUGCCGUCACAAUUAACAUGAAACAUUAUCUGUUAUUAAAUCUGUUUGAUUCCU